AUGGUGUUUUUUAUGUCGUAUCCGCCGACACGACGGCAGUUGAUGGUGUCUGUUGGGUUUUUUACGGCGGGUGUUUCUCUUUUCGUCGCCGGAGCGUAUCUCUCACUCGCCAAUAUUGGACCGCAACAAGCUCGUGUUAAGGAUCGGAACCAAUUCGUUAAGGAUCGAAUCAGGAAAUGGCUCGACGAUUAGAGCUCAAAAAUCCCCAGUGUGUUUCUCUCUGUAA